AUGUCUGGUCGUCAAGGUGGUAAGGCUAAGCCUUUGAAGCAAAAGAAGAAGCAACAGCAAGACUUGGACCCAGAGGAUCAAGCUUUCAAGGAGAAGCAAAAGGCCGAUGCUGCUGCUAAGAAGGCUAUGAUGGCCAACGUCAAGUCUGGUAAGCCAUUAGUCGGUGGUGGUAUCAAGAAAUCCGGUAAGAAAUAG